UUCACAACUUUACACAUAACCAUAUGGCACAAACAACCGCAACAAAUACGAGGUCGGCCCAGCCUUUGUAGUUACCAUUCGGUCCUUAAACCUGAAAGACGGGUCAGGCUACGAACUGCUGGCACUUAGCAGUUAGCGGGACUCGACAGUAUUCAGCUUCCAACUCCCCGAUUGUUUCACCGAAGAACCAACCAACGAAUCAAAGCCGUGUGUCUCGUUCUUUUUUCCGGCUACUUCCAGAGUUCCGGUAUAUCCCCUUCCGGCGUAUCUUCCAUCCAAUUACAAGACGCACAGAAAGCGGAAAUCUCGAUUCUCGCGGGUUGUCAAACCUUUAAAGUCCCAGUCUCUGCCCGAGUUUGUUCCAAGAUCAGUCUUUGGUUCAUUGGCUCUCACAGUUCUUCCGAGGCGACUAGGGAUUCUGAACCGGCAUUGUGCUGUGAUAGAAAGCAUGAAUUACAUUAUUGGAGCUUUCAAGCCCGCGUGUAACAUAUCAAUCACAUUAAAUGACGCCAAGAUGCGGAAACAGGUUCCUGUGAAGAAGGAGAAUGGCCAAACCAUUAUGAUUCCACUUUUUCAGAGCCAAGAAAGUGUUGCUGGCAAGGUUGUGAUUGAACCACCUCUGGGGAAGAAGGUCGAACACAAUGGUGUUAAGGUUGAGCUUCUUGGUCAGAUUGAGUUGUACUUUGACAGAGGCAAUUUUUAUGACUUUACCUCUCUCGUACGUGAACUGGAGGUCCCUGGAGAAUUAUACGAAAGGAAAACAUAUCCUUUUGAAUUCUCCACAGUAGAAAUGCCAUACGAGACGUAUAAUGGGGUGAAUGUUAGGCUCAGGUAUGUGCUGAAAGUGACUGUAAGUCGUGGUUAUGCUGGGAGCAUAAUUGAAUACCAGGAGUUUGUGGUACGAAACUAUACUCCACCUCCACCUGUUAACAACAGUAUCAAGAUGGAAGUUGGAAUUGAAGAUUGUCUACAUAUUGAGUUUGAGUACAACAAAAGCAAGUUUCAUCUGAAAGACGUGAUUAUUGGUAAAAUCUAUUUUCUUCUUGUAAGAAUCAAGAUAAAAAAUAUGGAUCUUGAGAUCCGGCGCAGAGAGUCGACUGGGUCAGGGGCGAAUACACAUGUUGAGACAGAGACUCUAGCUAAAUUCGAGCUGAUGGACGGAGCUCCUGUACGGGGUGAAUCAAUUCCAAUCAGACUGUUCCUCAGCCCAUAUGACCUGACACCGACGCACCGCAAUAUCAAUAACAAGUUCAGUGUGAAGUAUUAUCUAAACCUUGUUCUAGUGGAUGAAGAGGACCGUCGCUACUUUAAGCAGCAGGAAAUUACAAUAUACAGGAUGCAAGAAGAUUCCUGAUUCAAGGCAACCAUACUUGGGAUGAUGAAGGUUUUAUCUGAAUAUAGAAAAGAUUGACAACCAUUUGACAAAAUUGUAAAGCUUUUUCUUCAGUUACAGUUGAAGCUAGUGGGGGUCGAUGAUCCUGUCUCUGCUGGAAGCUACUGGUGUAGUACCUCGUGUUUACGAAAUCUAACCUUGUGACGUGGCUGGUGCAAGUUACGCUGGGUGGCAGAAGCUGAGAGUGAGGGAUGCCUCAUGCUCGUUCCUGUUGCUUCUGCACUGCCAUAUGCUAACCUUUGUUGCUUGCAGCUGCCUGUAGUUAUGCUUUGCUGUUUAGAAUGAAAUACAUGUUGGCUGGAGAGAUUGUUACAGCGGGUGAUGCGAAAGUGUUUUUAGUAGUUUAGGAUGUAGCUGGGAUAUUUUCUUGUGCUGUGUUUAUGGGAAAUUAAUUAUAUAAGUUAAGCAUUCUGACAAAGGUUAAAUUUAGUUGUUGAAACGGCAAGCGGGAACAACAUGCUAGUUUUGCAUUUGCUGAGUAGAUUGUUUCCUAGAUUAUGCUUUGGGAUGUGUUUGGUUUGGUUUUCUUGACUAUGUACUUGUGAAGGAAUGAUAGUUGUAUCAUGCAUGUUAUCAUGUGAAUCCUAUUUCGAAAGGAAUUUGUUUGGUUUGAUGUAAUUGUGCAAGAG